AUGUCAAGUGGGAAUGCCAGCGAUGGUGGCAUUAGCCGGAACAAAGAUGGUGUGCCUCAGUGGUCUGGAGAUCCUGCUACGUUUCAGCAGUAUGAGGAAGAAGCCAGGCUGUGGGAACAGACCCAAGCUUGGCACAAGCGGCACAUGGCCGCCCCGAGGCUGAAGGCAGAACUCCAGGGGGCAGCGAGACGCCUGAUCCUGGGACAACCAGCAGAGUGGACAGCGCAUGAAGGCGGAGUAAGCGAACUCCUACAGUUCUUGAGAGCCCGUCUGGGGAAGGCCCAGAUGCCAGAGCUGUCGGAGUGGCUGACGCGCUACUUUCGCUCCACCAAGCGGAAGGCCCAGGAGACCGUGGGGGAGUACAUCACGAGGACAAGUCUAGAUACAACGCCGGAAGAUGGUCAGAAUGGUGCCGCGCCACAGGCGGCAGCGCCAACAGCAACAGACGGCGAUGGUGAGAUGGACGGAGAUCCGCAGGAUGUUGUAACGUCAGCAGCCAUCAGUGUGAUCAAAUUCGAGACUCUCAGCAACCAACCUCUUCGCUACAUCCGAACGAAUAUGCCGGGCCUCUCCUCCAUGAACAAGGUCCAGCUGGUCGCGGAGAUUCAUCGCCUCGGAGGCACAGCCGAUGUCAGUGCCCGCAAGCUCGAGCUUCAGCAACAGCUGUACGGCCUGUACGAGGAUCAUGGGGUCUCGACGGGACCCAACCGUGCCACCACGGACUACCAGAACUACACGAGGGCGAUGAACAAGGCCGGGAAGUACAAGAAGGACCUCAUCAAGUACAUGGAGGAGCACCUCAACUUGUCGGUCAACUACAAUGCGACGCAGAUCCAGCUACAGAAACAGGCGCUGCUGAAGAUCUACGCCCUCUCCAAGAUCGACGAGACCGACCCGGUGGGCUUCGGAAUCCACAGCUCCCUGAGCUACCGAGAGCUCAAGGAGACGCAGCCGCAGUACUGCCAGUGGGCAAGGGCAACUGCCAACGAAGGGCAGUGCAAUCCCCUGAUGACCAGGCUGGUGAGGUGGCUGGUGGAGGAUCAAGCGAGUGGCAGCCUGAGCGGCCACCCAAUCGGGCCGAAGGCAAAGGCGAAGAGCACGAGCACGGCCAUCCAUGGCCGACGAGAUGUGGGGGACACCGAUGUCCAGAGCACGGGUUCCCUCAAUACCGACAUGACGCAGGAGACGGUGAUGCGGGAGAUGAUGGGUGCCCUACGGAACCUACAGGCCGAAGUGGGUGCCUUGAAGGAGGAACAGAGGUCCUCACGUCCCCGUCGCGAGAACCAUCCCGACGAAGAGAUGGAGACCAAGAGCGUGAACGAGGAUGGCAGCUUCGUGGCAGUGAGCGGGCCUACGAAGAAGUGA